AAUGAGUAAGAUAACAAGAGAAACCAGAAAAACAGUAAACUUUGGAUUGUCAAGUUGUUUCUCGUUCUUUUAUGUUACCCUAUGGACCAAAAAGUAUUACAACUAUUAAUAUAUUAAUAAACAGAGUAAAAUAUUUAUAAACAGUUAUAUUACUCUUUGCUUUGGACUGAACAGCACAAAACCCCGCCUACUCAACGUUUAUUUCUUCUCUUUUCAUUUUACUUGUUUUAAUCAUGUCUGAGUCUAAUGCUGAAACAAGUGUUCAACGUGAAGAAAGAUUGGGACUUUUGAAUACAAGAUUUAUAUCCCUCUUACAAGAUGCUAAAGAUAGUCUUCUAGAUUUAAAAAUGGGUGCUGAUAUCUUAUCUGUUGUAUUGGAAGGAAAUAGUUGUAACACUCGAGAAAAAACUGAAAUUUUGAAAUUGAAGGAAGAAUUGCAAGAUUCAAAAAAUAAAGAAAUAGAAAUUGAUUUGAAUUAUGCCUUAGAGGAGCAAGAAGACGAUUGUCAAGAUGUUGGAGGUAAAGCACAAGAAAACGAUGAAGCUAUGGAAGAAGUUGAUUUAGAUGACAAUAAUAAAACAAGAUCGUGGUAUCAUGACAAUGUUAAAACUAAGAAAAUUAGUGCUCUUAAAACGGAGGCAUCUCUAAAAGAAAGACCAAUAGUAAGAGGACGUGGUGGAGAGAAGGAAAAGGUUUCAUCUGAAAGUAUAUCUGCAGCGUCAGUAUCGAAAGCAAAAGAUGAUGUAUCAGAAGAGGAAGAAAAUGAAAAAGAAGUUACAGAAAAAACAAUAACUCGAAGUCGAAGCAGAAUUUUAACCUUAAAUCAACAAACUAACGAAGCUACAAGCCAAGAUACGGAAAACCAUCCAGUUAAUAAUCGAGUGAAUAGUCGAGUAAAUAUUCAAGCCAAAGCACCUUUAGAAUACCAUGGACAAGACACUCUCGGUAAACAUGAAGAAUCAGAGUUACCUUAUGUCACUGGCACAGAGAAUCAUAAAAUCACUGCGAGUAAAAAGCUAUUUCCGAGAGGUAAAAAAGUUUACGGGUGCCCCUACGAAUGUGGUUUUGUAUGCAUACCAGGUAGGAGAUUCGAAGUGACGCGGCACUUGAAUUCAAAUAUUAUGUUUGGUACGCUCAGAAAACCAAGUUGCCCUGUAAGAAGAAAAAUGGAAGUCGUGUGUAGAGAUGGUAUAUGGCCAAAAUCCAUAAAAAAGCCAGUGUUUUUAGGAUUAGCAGUAACAGGAAGGGGCGGAGAAAAGGACAAAGAUUCAACUGAAAGUACAGCUCCAGCGUCAAUAUUUAGAGCAAAAGAUGAUCAUUCUUCAGAUGAAGAAAAUGAAAAAGAAGUUCAAGAAAAAACAAAAACUAGGGGUCGAGGUAAAAUUGAAACCAUAAAUCAACAAAAUAACGAAGCUAGACGCCAAGAUACUGAAAAUCAUCCAGAUAAUAAUCAGGUGAAUAUUCGGGUCAGUAUUAAAGACAAAGUAUUCUUCGAAUAUCUUGAUAUAAUUGAAGACGUAUUACAAUCUCUUGAUAAAUUGUGUUCGCUGCCUUCGCGACGUGAUUAUUUCUUUCAAUUGGAAAAAUCUAAAGGUGCAGUUGAUUUAUUCGAAAUCACAGACCCAAACAUCGGUCCUGAAAAAUUCGAUGGACCUAAUGUCACAGAUAAUUUCGCAAGGCCUCGUAUCAUUUGCAGACCACAAUUUGAAGCCUUUUUAAGACGCGAGAUUUGCGGUGCAGGAAAAGAAGCUGCUAAAGAGGCAAAAAGAAAAUACAGAUGCCCGUAUUGUUUUAUGCUUGCGCUGUCCAGGGAUGUUAUCGUAUAUCACAUUCAGUCGCGAAAAAGGAACGGUGAAUGGAUAAGACCCCCUUGCUUAGCGAGGCGUCAUAAAGAGCCUAAUCCUAGUGGAAUCUAUGAAUCGAAAUGGCCUGACCCGAAGAGAGCCCCAAUUAUUGAAAUUGAUUGCAAUGAUAUUUUAAUAUGGAUUUACUCUCAGCUCAAUAUAAGGAUUCCAAUAAACUGUUUGCGAGAGAAAAAUGGUUCAAAAUUUGUUCGUCUAAACAUUUAGUCUCUCUCUUUCACACUUUCUUCCAAUUUGCUUUCUCAUGAUAACUUAAAAUGAAUGGGAAGGCAUUUUAUCUCUUUUGUUAAUUCGAAUCAAAAUUAUUCAUCAGAGUAAUUGUAAUACUCUUUGACUAAAUGAAAUAAACAGCAAAACAAAAAUAAACUUGUAU